GCCAGCUGAAGAGUGUGAAAAGUGUUCAGUGAUCGCGAGAGAGUUGAUACGCAAGCACACCAAUGGCGGAGACAAUUAUUGUGCAGACCACUCUGGGUCCGGUGAAGGGUGUGAAGAAGACAACAGCCCUCGCGAGUGACUACUUCAGCUUCCAAUCCAUUCCUUACGCCAAACCUCCGAUCGGCGAGCUGAGAUUCCGCGAUCCUCAACCGGCUGAGCCGUGGACUGACGUCCUGGACUCCACUCAGCAAGGACCGUGCUGUCCGGCGAAGAACAACCUCCUAAACGUGAUCGAAGGCGAAGAAGAUUGUCUGCAUAUCAAUGUUUUCACGAAAAGUUUGAACCCCAAUAAGUUGGUUCCGGUGAUGAUUUACAUUCACGGCGGAGCCUUCAUGAGGGGCUCAAGUGGCGUGGAAAUGUAUGGUCCUGACUUUCUCCUGCAAAAAGACGUUAUUCUGUUCACAUUCAACUAUCGCUUGGGCGCUUUUGGCUUCCUCAGCGUCGACGAUCAAUCUGUCGACAUUCCGGGCAAUGCGGGACUCAAGGAUCAGUCAAUGGCGAUCAGGUGGUGCAAGGAAAACGCCGCCUAUUUCGGCGGGGAUCCGAACAAUGUGACACUCUUUGGCGAGAGCGCCGGAGGAUGCUCAGUUCACUAUCACAUGAUUUCUGAGCAGUCGCGCGGACUCUUCCACAAGGCCAUCGUGAAGUCCGGCGCGGCUCUGAAUUGCUGGUCAGUUGUGCCCGAAAGGAACUGGGCGAAGCGCUUGGCCGUCUCUCUGGGCUGGUCUGGCAAGGGAAGCACCAAGGACAUGAUAGAUUUCCUGAGGAAAGCAGAGCCAAAGAGCAUCGUUAAGGCUCAAGAGAGUCUAGUGACAUCUGAAGAGCGCAAGUUCCGAAUCCUCUUUCCCUUCGGGCCUGUUAUUGAGCCCUACAUCACGAGCAGGACUCUAAUUCCUCGCGAUCCUCUUGAAAUGUGUCGCAAUGCCUGGAGUCACUCAAUUCCAAUCAUUAUCGGCGGCACGUCAGACGAAGGACUGUUCAGCUACCGCGAAGCCAUCGAGUUUCCCAACAUUGUUAACCAUCUAUCGUGCGACUAUCUCGUGCCUCUGGACCUUGAUUUGGACGUGAAGAGCGACAGAUGUCAAAUGCUGGGAAAUCAGAUCAAGAAGUUCUAUUUUGGCGAUCAGCAACCGUCAAUGGAGACUCUCAAUGAGUACAUAAUGCUGAUGACGGAUAAAUUAUUCUGGCACGGAGUUCACAGGACUAUCUUAUCUCGCCUGAAUGCUCCCAAUGCUGGACCGACUUUCCUGUAUCGCUUCAACUUCGAUUCCCCAACUUUCAAUCACUAUCGCGUGAUGAUGUGCGGGAAAACAGUUCGCGGAGUUUGUCAUGCUGAUGACUUGUCUUACAUCUUCAAGAACACAAUCGCUCAAGAGGUUCCAGACGCUGCGAGUGCUGAAUUCAAAACAAUACAGCGAAUGGUUAAUCUUUGGGUGAGCUUCGCGGCCAAUAGUGAUCCGAAUUGUCACAUUUUGAAGCCCAUCGUGUGGCGGCCACUUGCUCAAAAAACCGCCCCUUUUGAGUGCCUCAACAUUUCCGAUGAGCUGACGGUGAUUAAACUCCCCGAGACGGAGAGAAUGAAGCUCUGGGAUUCUCUGUAUUCGCAAGAUCAGCUGUAUUAAGGAAUGUUAUGAGUGAAUACAAAUAACCAAGAGGAAGACAUUAAAGCCGGAAGUGGUGUACAGCUUUGAGGAAGU